GCUGCAUAAGGGAAGUGCUGCACUGUGGCUCCGCUCAACACUGUGUUGCUGCGUAGAUGUCAACCAGGAUUUUAAUCAACUAAAUAUACUACACUGUAUUUUUAACUACAUAUACAACGUCACAGGAUGGCCACUGAUUCAGGCUACGGUGGCUCUCAAAGCUAUGGAUCAUAUGGCGGUCAGCAGGGUGGACAGGGUUAUGGACAAGGAAAUGGCGGUGGCUCUUUUGGGGGGCAGAGUUAUGGUGGCUAUGGACAACAAGCUGGGGGACCACAAGAUGGUUAUGGCCAAUCCCAGCAACAGAGCUAUGACAGCUACAGCCAGGGUUCCUCUGGGUAUGGAGACAAAUCCUCUUUCGGACAGCAAGGUUCCUUUGGUGGCCAGGGUCAAGGAGACAGCAGCUAUGGACAGCAUAGCUCCUAUGGCGGUCAGGGGGGCGGAGGUGGCAGUGGCUAUGGAAGAUGGAAUGAUGGUGAAGGUGGUGGUCAGGGUGGGAGGUAUGGACGCGACCAAGAUCGUUCCGAAGGAGGUGGGGGCUACAGAGGCCGAGGCCGUGGCGGCUACGACCGUGGCGGCUACGACCGCAGUGGCGGCUACGACCGCAGUGGUGGCUACGACCGUGGCGGAAGAGGUGGACCUCCUGGUAUGGGAGGUGGUGACCGUGGUGGCUACAAAAAUUACGGUGGCUCUCGAGACUACGACUCAAGGGAUGAACCAGCUGGCGAGCAGGACAACUCUGACAACAACACCAUUUUUGUCCAGGGACUGGGAGAAGACGCCACAGUUCAGGAAGUCGGAGACUUCUUCAAGCAAAUUGGUGUCAUCAAGGUAAACAAGAAGACCGGCCAGCCAAUGAUCAACAUCUACUCUGACAAAGCCACCGGUCGGCCAAAGGGAGAAGCCACAGUGUCAUUUGAUGACCCGCCCUCUGCCAAAGCUGCUAUUGACUGGUUUGAUGGCAAGGAUUUCAAUGGAAAACCGAUCAAAGUAUCAUUCGCGACCCGCAGGGCAGAAUUCACGCAGAGAGGUGGUGGAAGAGGGGGACGCGGAGGUUUCAGAGGUCGUGGUGGUGGCGGAGGAGGACCCAACUUUGACAUUAAGGGAGGAGACUGGCCCUGUCCCAACAGCUCUUGUGGUAACAUGAAUUUUGCACGGCGGCAAGAGUGUAACAAGUGCGGUGCUCCCAAACCAGGAGAUGCAGGAUUUGGAGGUGGAGACCGUGGCAGCAGAGGUGGUUAUGGCGGUGACAGAGGCGGCUACAGAGGUCGUGGAGGUUUCCGUGGGGGAGACCGAGGAGGCUACGGAGGAGGUGGUGACGGAUACGGAGGCGGUUACAAAAUGGGACGAGGUGACCGUAGAGACGACAGAAGAGACCGGCCAUAUUAAGUGUUAAGCAGAUGGAAACCAUACAGCCCGGGAGUUCACCAUGGAGGGAGGGCUUAGUUUGGGAAAACUGGGGGAAAGGACUGGAAAUCAGACAGUCUGAUUUGUGCACCUUUUUUGAAGCCAGUGCAUCCCGACUAUAACUCAUCUGAGCGAGAGGCGGAUGCGUUCAGCGACUGUAAGGGGACUUUGGGGCUGAUUGGCACUGUUGGCAUGUGGUCAGAUGUUUGUUUUUGUUUCUCCUCUGCUUUUUUGUUUUAUUUCUUUGUACAUCUUUUUAAUUUCCUCUCAGAUUCUAGUUGCAGAUGUUUUUGUGAGGUAGGCCAUACCAUUGUUUUGUAUGAACGGAUUAAAUGUUUUACUGGGGUUCUUUUUUUUUUCCAAAAUAAUAAAAACUGUGAUCUUU